AUGAUCUCUCGUAAGUACAUCUUGGUGUGGCUGUCCCUGACGGUCACUCUCCUCUCCAGCACCCCAGGACAUGGUCAUGCAAUUGAGCACCGGAUGAAGCGUGAUAUGAUGUCGGCAGGAGUGGAACUGGAUGUUUCCGGUUCUUCCGCUGAAACUAACCGUGCCGGUAUUCCCGUAAUAAGCGACAUUCAACGGGUGGAGAAAAUUGCCGAUUUGAUCAUAUCAGUCGGUGAGCGCAUCAUUCCUGCCCUGCUGGACGGCCUUACCGAACAGGUUAUAGCGGCAACACCCGAACGGAAGCUGUCCCAUCAAACGGAGAAAGAAACACAAGGACAUGUCCUGUAACAUCGCCGUAACAGUAUCUGUUUUAUCGUAAUUAAAAGCAAAACGAUGAUCCGAUGA